AUGCUUCGUUCAAUGGCCACAUCUUACUCCUUACGAACAUACACACUCACUCUCCGUCUUGCUGUCUCCUCACUAUUGUUCUCACUUAUGUUUCAACGACAAAACCGAGGGGCAGGCGACGCCCGGCCGGCUCAGCCAUUCAAGCGCAGAUUUGCCUCCCAAUCACCUUCGUGCGACAAUCCUGAUUCGGAAUCCGUGUAUAGUGACGAAAGAGAGAUUUUCAAUGCGAUCGUUGUACCCUCCGCGAGCAGAGACUCUCGCGGAUAUGAGACAGCCUACCAGAUGGGUCCUAUCAUGGAAGAGGGCCUCGCUGCAAACAUUGCUAUGUUCAUUCCUACUAAAUCCGCCGACGGCAGCCCUUCGCCAACGACACAUCGACGAGGAAAGAGAGAAGGUCGAAAAUUAGACACGGUCUGGUGGCGGAGCCAUAUUCUGUCUGACCAGUCGUCGGACCGCCCACGGCAGGUGUCAUCAAGUCCUCUGAAUGAGACUGCAUAUACAGCAGAUACUUCGCAGCCGCAACAUCGCAAGGCUACUUCACUUGAUGCCCUUGAUGGUAACAGCUCUCCAUUAACCUGGCCGGGAAAGCCGGGGCCAGCAGUGCUACCUAAUCAGCCCCGAUAUCCACCACCAGAAAGGAUGCCCACGCCUCCAGGGCUUCCCUCAUUCAACACCCCAGAGGCUGUAUACUGUUCAGCUCAAUUCCUUUCCGGGCGGAGCCCUGGACAGCCCUCAUCAACGCGCUUCUAUCAGCGGCACGCUGCUGCUAACGGCGAGCGGCCCACCUCAUAUGGUGACACUUUCCGGCGAUUCCUUGGAUUAUCGUCAUCGCCUGAUCCCCGAGUCUCCACAGUUGGUAUUGGACGAGCUGAUGAUGGGACUAUAGUUCAGGGCCGGUUCCCAUAUCGGCAAAGUGGACACAAUAUGAACCCAGCUCGGCAGCUACAGGAUCAUCCAUUCCAUGGCAGCAACCUUCCAACUGCAGACACCGUACCUGAGGAUGUUUCUGAAGCCGCAAGCUCCAAAGACAGCGGCUUUCAGCUGCGACGCCGCGCUCGAAAUUAUGUCCCUCCGAGUAUCGGACGGCUCUGGCCCUUUCCAGACGGACAUCUAUCGUCGACGCCGAACGAGGCUCCCCCAACCCGUCCACGCGCCCCAGCUAGGGCCUGUUCUUUCUUGGGCAUGCCGCGAAGCUCAACUCGUCAAGGAGAGUUCACCGGCGGUAGUAAUUCGAGACCAGAGCAACUUUCCAGUCACGUCACGAGCACAAGAGGAAACCACGAGCCCUCCCAUCAUUCACAACUUCAAGCCGUCCAAGCCAUUGAUGACGAGUCCGUCGAUGACCUCCCAAGCCAAGGCAUUCACUCACUCUCCGACAUACUUGCUUGGUUGCCCGUGCAGAUGUAUGUCUGCUGUCUCACAAGCUCUUGCCCUUUCCAUUCUAUUUCCGAGGACCCAGAUUCCCUGGAAGCAGUCACCUCUAGAGACACGUAUAUCACGGCCCCCAGCCGGCCUUUGAGUUCAGACUCUCAGACAGCAUCUAGCUGGACAGAUCCCAGUCAUUCUGGGCAAUCCCAACUCUCGUCAUGGCUGGACGCCAUUCUCAGUCGGAUCUCAUCGUAUACCUCCUCCCAAUGGUCCAGUUCCGUCAGCCAGCAGAAUACAUGA